GUAAGUUUUUUGCAGUCCUCCAAUUUUUUUUUCACCCACAGUUUCCUCACAAACAACCAUGCUGCGCGCUGCCAUGACUGGUGCCGCGCGUUCGCUCGCUCGCAACGCCGCUUCCGUUCAGCCCGCCCGCACCUUCACGAUCGCCGCCGUCGCGUCUGCAGGCUCGUCCUCGUCUGCUGCUGCUGCACAUGACGAUGAGGAAGGCGGCUCGUUCGCCCGCGGCCUGUUCUCUGGUCGCAUCCGCGAGUCCCAGGUCUUCCCGUUCCCCGCUGCAACCAUCCUCAACGAGGAGGCCAAGUCCACUCUCCAGAUGCUCGUCGACCCUUGCGCCAAGUUCUUUGAGACCGUCAACGACCCCGCCAAGAACGACGAAACCGCCUCCAUCUCCAAGGAGGCAUGGGAUGGGUUGAAGGAGAUGGGCGCGUUCGGCCUGCAGGUGCCCGAGGAGCUCGGCGGAUUGGGCCUCACCAACACUGGCUACGCCCGCCUGGUCGAGAUUGUCGGCAUGCACGAUCUCGGUGUCGGCAUUGCUCUCGGCGCUCACCAGUCGAUCGGCUUCAAGGGCAUCACCCUGUUUGGCACCAAGGAGCAGAAGGCAAAGUACCUGCCCAAGCUCGCUGCCGGCGAGAACAUUGCCGCCUUUGCGCUGACAGAGCCCAGCUCUGGCUCGGACGCCAACUCCAUCCGCUCGCGCGCCAAGCUGUCGGCCGACGGCAAGCACUGGGUCUUGAACGGCUCCAAGAUCUGGAUUUCCAACGGCGGCAUUGCCGAGAUUUUCACCGUCUUUGCACAGACCCAGGUCCCCGAUCGCAAGACUGGCGAGCUCAAGGACAAGGUCACUGCCUUUAUCGUCGAGCGCUCGUUCGGCGGCCUCACCAACGGCAAGCCCGAGAACAAGAUGGGCAUCAAGUGCUCCAACACUGCCGAAGUCUAUUUCGACGACGUCAAGAUUCCCGUCGAGAACGUCCUCGGCCAAGUCGGCGAGGGUUUCAAGGUUGCCAUGGCCAUCCUGAACAAUGGUCGCUUUGGCAUGGGCGCUGCUCUGUCGGGCACCAUGAAGGCCAUGCUCGCCAAGUCUGCUGAGCACGCCAUCAACCGCACCCAGUUCGGCUCCAAGAUUAAGGAGUUUGGCAUGAUCAAGGAAAAGUUUGCCCAGAUGGCACUCAAGAUUUACGCCACCGAAUCGAUGGCCUACACGCUCGCCGCCAACAUGGACCGCGGCUCGAACGACUACCAAAUCGAGGCUGCCAUCAGCAAGGUUUUCGCCUCCGAGGCUGCGUGGUCUGUGGCCGAUGAGGCCCUGCAGGUGAUGGGCGGCAUUGGCUUCAUGAAGGCCGCCGGCUUUGAGCGCGUCGUGCGCGACUUGCGCAUCUUCAGGAUCUUUGAGGGUGCCAACGAAAUUCUGCGCAUGUUCAUUGCGCUCACCGGCAUUCAAGACGCCGGCAAGGAUCUCAAGGAGGUCCAGGCCGCGCUCAAGAGCCCCAUUUCCAACUUUGGCGUUCUUUCCCAGGAGGCCACCAAGCGCAUCAAGCGCAUUGUCGGCGUUGGCCACGACACCAUCAAGGGCGUGCACCCGCUGCUCCGUGGCCCCGCCGGCCUUGUCGAGUCCCAGGCCACUGCCUUCGGCGCCGCCGUUGACUCGCUGCUGAUCACCCACGGCCGCAAGAUCAUCGACCAGCAACUCAAGCUCAAGCGUGUUGCCGAUGCUGCCAUUGACCUGUACGCCUCUGUUGCCGUGCUCUCGCGCGCCACCCACGCCCUCAACUCUGGCGCCGCAACCGCCGACCAGGAGGUGCUGCUUGCCACCACCUUCUGCGAGGAUGCCCACCGCCGCAUUCGCCGCAACAUUGCCAGCUUGAACGGCAAGACCACCGACGGCAGCUACGCCCGCAUUGCCGACAGCAUCUUUGAGAAGGGCUCGUACGACAUUUCCCACCCUAUUGGUUUCUAAUAGCUCGGUUGUUGCCUUAUUUCUCUUGUCCUGUGCACUUUCAUUGUGAUGAACUCCCCCCCCCCUCCCCUUUUGCAUUCAACAUGCACACUUAAAUAUCAAAUCCCUUGUCAAACAAAACAAACGGUUCAC